AUGGCUAGUAGUCGUGCGGGUGGUAGUGGUGGGGGCGCUAGUGAUAGUGAUAGUGAUAGUGAGAAUGAAUUGGAUGUCGCUGUGGAAGGGGCGAUUGAUCGAUUUCUACGGCAGAGGCAGCAGCGGUGGCAGCAGGCCGCGGUACCUCGGCCGAUCCAUCGGCGACAUCAUGUACCCUGGGACCACAUUGCUGCACAUAUUCGGUUGUAUCAGGACUACUUCGCUCCGCAGCCGCGUUUUGGGGAUGCCUUAUUCCGGCAACGUUUUAGGAUGCAUCGUCCAUUGUUUAUGCAUAUCGUGGGUGCUUUAGAGAGAAGAUACAAGUAUUUCAGGGUCAGAGAGGAUGCGGCUGGCAAACCCGGACACACGCCCUUACAGAAGUGCACUGCCGCAAUCAGGCAACUGGCGUACGGAGGCCCGGCCGACAUGUUCGACGAGUACCUCCACAUUGGCAAGUCGUCAGCCGUCGAGUGUCUGCAGAAUUUUUGCGCGGGCGUUAGAGUGAUAUUCGGGGAUCGCUAUCUUCGGAGUCUGAGCCCCGAAGACUGCCAGCAGCUCAUAAAUAUGCACGGGUCGGUGCACGGGUUCCCUGGAAUGUUGGGCAGCAUAGAUUGUAUACAUUGGGAGUGGAAGAACUGCCCCGCCGUCUGGAAAGGGAUCUUCACUACCGGCUUCAAAUCCAAGCAUCCAACCAUGAUCCUUGAAGUUGUAGCUGACUACCGGCUGUGGAUUUGUUUCGUCACCAACGGUCACCAGAACAAUAUGGGAUACUAUUUGGCAGAUGAGAUAUGCCUAAACUGGCUCGUCUUUGUGAAGACAAUCAAGCAUCCGAUCGAACAAAAGAAGUCCUACUUUGCGAGCCGUCAGGAGGCAGCGCGCAAGGAUGUUGAGCGGGCAUUUGGUGUGCUCCAAAGUCGAUGGGCGAUGGUGAAGGGUCCUUCACGGAUGUGGUAUAUUCCCAACAUCGGCGACUGUUAG